CGGCGCGCGAAGGGGCGUGUGCAAGAUGGCGGCGCUCGGGGCGUGGGGCUGCGCGGCGGGGUCCGCGCGCCUCUCACGCGUGGCGAGAACGCUGUGGGGAUGGCGCGCGCGGCGGGGGCUCGGGCAGGAUACGGGGACUGAGAGCGAAGGAAAAACUGCCAAGCCUUCCUUUGCGGAUGAAGCGGUUCAGAAUCUGCUUUACAAAAUGACAGGGCUCAACCUGCAGAAGGUUUUUAGGCCGGUGAAAAAGGAGCUUAAACCGCCCAAGUACAAGCUGAUGACAGAAGCUCAGCUGGAAGAGGCCACAAGAAAAGCCAUUGAGGAAGCUAAAGAAAAACUAAUCAUGCCCCCUGUUCUGAAUGAACGAGAGCCAAUUGACGAUGUCUUAGCAGAAGACAAAUUCAUUGAAGGAACGGAAACCACAAAAUACGUGUUUACAGAUUUAACUUACUCCAUUCCACAUCGUGAACGUUUCAUUGUAGUUAGAGAACCAAAUGGUGUAUUACGCAAAGCAACCUGGGAAGAACGAGACAGAAUGAUACAGAUAUUCUUCCCAAAAGAAGGGCGCAGAGUUAUUCCCCCAGUUGUAUUCAAGGACGAACACCUUGUGACUGUGUUUCAGCAAGACCGUCAUGAGGAUAUCCUUAACAUGUGCAUCGCUCAGUUUGAGCCAGAUUCACCUGACUAUAUCAGAGUUCAUCAUCGGACAUAUGAUGACAUCGAGAAACAUGCCAAAUAUGAUCUGCUCCGUUCAACAAGACACUUUGGAGGAAUGGUAUGGUAUCUAGUAAACAGAAAGAAAACGGAUGGCUUGCUAAUAGAUAUGAUCCACAGAGACUUGCUGGAUGAUGCUACGAGUUUAAUUACGCUGUAUCAUAUGCUUCAUCCUGAAUGUCAAUCAGCAAAAGAAGCUAAAGAAGGGGAAGGGAAACUUCAAGGAGUUGAUCUGAUCAAGGUAUUUGCAAAAACUGAAUCACAGAAAGAAGGCUAUAUAGAGCUGGCCCUCCAGGCUUAUGAAGAAGCAAUGGCUGCUUCUACAGCUUCAUGAAGUAAACUUUGGUUUUCAUCAUAAGUUUUAAGUCUGUUUAUAAAUAUUUGAUGUAUGGGAUUCCACAGUAAAUAUGUUAAACAAC